CUGCGGGGCUGCCUCGCUGCCUCUCCUGCCCGCCGCUGGCAGCAGCAACCCCCGAAGUUGGGAUGCUUUUCUUCACCCAGUGCUUUGGGGCUGUCUUAGAUCUCAUUCACCUGCGGUUUCAACACUACAAAGCGAAGAGGGUUUUCUCAGCUGCCGGGCAGCUCGUCUGCGUCGUCAACCCAACGCACAGCCUGAAGUAUGCACCAACCCGUUGUGCAGUUGCACAGACAUCCACGGAGCAAGGCAGCCUUCCUCCCUGCCAUCACCAUGAAGCAGUGCACGACCCCCAGCUGGUUCCCUGCAUGUGUCCUCUCUUCUCCUGCCCAUGGGAAGGGCACCUGGAGGUGGUGGUGUCCCACCUGAGGCAAACUCACCGCAUCAACAUCCUUCAGGGGGCAGAGAUUGUCUUCCUGGCCACAGACAUGCACCUGCCCGCACCUACGGACUGGAUCAUCAUGCACUCUUGCCUUGGCCACCAGUUUUUGCUGGUUCUCAGGAAGCAGGAGAAGUACAAAGGUCACCCCCAGUUCUUUGCCACCAUGAUGCUGAUCGGCACGCAAACCCAGGCUGACAACUUCACCUAUCGGCUCGAGCUCAACAGGAACCAGAGGCGCCUCAAGUGGGAGGCAACUCCGAGGUCGGUGCUGGAGUGUGUAGACUCUAUCAUUUCAGAUGGAGACUGCCUUGUGCUGAACACUUCCCUGGCUCAGCUCUUUGCUGAUAAUGGGAGCCUAGCAAUAGGAAUUGCAAUAACCACCAGCAAAGUUCACAACAGUGAAGCUGAAAUGUGAGGGAGAAGAGGAAGAGAAGGAGGAGGAGGAAUAAUGGUGCUCUAGCUGCUUUGUGAGAGCCAGAACUUGCAGACUUUUUGGGGGGGUCUCAGGUCUUUUAUGGUAUUUAGUACUGGUCCACAGUGGGCAUUAUGUAAACAUCCCGUG